UGUAUUACAAAAUGCUGCAGACAAGUAAGGAUUGUGAUAUUGACAAGAACAGUGGUUGUUCUCUGCAAUGUUGGGCCUGAAAUUCAUGCUUCAUUUGCAAUUUGUGAAUUAUUUUUUUAGGAUGGGCAAGGUUUGUGCCAUUUUUGGAGGAUCCCGAGGAAUAGGAAAAGCUGUUGCAGAAUUAUUGGCACGGAAAGGCUGCCACCUGGCAAUUAUUGCUAGAAAUCUUGAAGUAGCCCAAAAUACUGCAUGCGGUCUUGGUGUUGAGUCUAUAAAUUCUUAAGAUUUAUGAAUUACAAACUUCUUUCUACUGUUAUCAUCACGUGCCUUUAUUUCAAUGCAGCUGGCCAUUUGGCACUUAGCUGUGAUAUAUCCAGAGAACAAGAAGUCCAUCGUGCUUUUGAAGAGAUACAGAGGAAUUUAGGUCCUAUAAACUACUUGGUUAAUGCAGCUGGGAUCAACAGGGAUGGCUUGUUACUGAGAACCAAGACUGAAGAUAUGGUAUCCCAGAUUCACACAAACCUUUUGGGAACAAUGUUGACAUGCAAAGCUGCUGUAAAAAGUAUGAUUCAUCAUCAAGGAGGUGCUAUUGUUAAUAUAGGAAGUGUUGUAGGACUUAAAGGCAACUCUGGUCAAAGCAUAUACAGUGCUAGCAAAGCAGGAAUAGUUGGAUUUUCACGUUCUCUUGCUAAAGAAGUAGCAAGAAAGCAAAUUCGAGUCAACGUGGUUGCUCCAGGUUUUAUUCACACAGAGAUGACUGCUCAUUUGGAAGAAGACAAGCUGAAGAAAGCAAUUCCCCUUGGAAGAUUUGGAGACCCUCAUGAAGUUGCACAAGCUGUUUUAUUUCUUCUGGAGUCCCCUUAUGUUACGGGGAGUACUCUAAUUGUGGAUGGAGGCUUGCAGCUUUUGAUUUAGAUAUUACCUUGAAUAAAUACCUGCUUAAAUGUCAAGAUGGUAAUAUACACAUGCUAAUUAAGAAGAGGGAAAUUAGUCUAAGAUUCAUGUAUAUAAUUGACUUAUAUUCUUUAAUCAGAUGACUAAUUUGUUGCAGUAAAGUCCAACAGGUAUGUUUAGCUACCUGAAAGAGUCCGUUUGGUUGUAUGAAGUUUGCAUAUGUAACAACUCUAAAAAAAAAAAAAAAGGUCUACCUUUGGUAUGGUGAUAAUUAUAAAUAACUUCCUGAUGGAUUUUUAAAACACUGUUUUUAUCAAGUCACGUUUUCCAGUUUGGAAACGGAGUAGAGAUUUUAAUCUGAAUUAUUGUGUUACACAAAGGUGAAUAAAAUGUUUAUUUGCUGUCAGUUACGAUUGCAUAAAAUUUUUCAUGUAUUUGAAGAUUGUGAACCGUAUGAUGUUUUAAUUCUUAUCAGUCAGUCCCUACAAAGUGGCAAAGAGUUUCCUUUGUUUUUUUUGUUUAUAGCAGGAACUACAAAGGUAGAAGCUUCUUGGUCUCCAGCGUUCCUGAAUUCCCUUUACAAGGUGUAAUUAUAUGCAAUAUAUUUUUAUGAAAACAAAAA